UGUUGUCUGUUUGUUUUUUUCCCUAGAUCAUUAAUGUUAGACAAUUAGUAUCUGUGAAAAGGGUAAUCCAUUGCGAUCAGUAAUAAAUCUUUGCACCGGGUGUUUUUGACAUGUUACUAUUUAUAUAAUACUUAAAAGAUCUGUUUAAACCUAGCAAGUCAAUUAUAGAGAAUGCAAAACUUGCAGCUAUCCUUUCUCUUUCUUUAUCUAGUGAUGAUAAUCUCACUAUUAGCGAAAGAAAGAUGUGUCAGCUUACAAGGAUUUACUAAUGAAAACUUAAGCACUCAAGAGAGGAAAUUAGUUCUCAAUUGUACUGCAACAUUGCCUUGCCGCGAAAAAAUCUCAUCUGUAACCUUCAUGGGGAUAUUAAGGUUAAGUGAGACGUCAUCAGAGCUUUUAGCAUUUACUAAUGACAAGCACAUCGCAGAAAAAUCUGGCAACAAGGACAUUCUGGGGUUGGCAACAGACAGCUUUUUCAACGCAAAUGGUGAAUCUUAUCUUUCUGUUUCUUAUAAACAGGACAGAAAUGCACAACCAAAUGAAAUUGACUGUAUCGUCAGAGGUUUUGACAGCUCAGGGGAAUUAGUUAUUAUGUCUGAUACGCUCAAAUAUAAACCUAAAAUUUGUUCAGACAAGAAUGAAAAUAUUAAAAAGUAUUGUAGCUCAACUUUUUCUUAUAACAAAAGAAAAUAUUGUUUCUCAAAUUUGAGCAUUGCCAAUGUUUCCGAAGCGAUAUCAUAUUGUAACUUGAUGGGGGGAUAUCUGGCAGAAAUUGAUAACAGAGACGAAUAUCUAGUGAUUCAAUCUCAAUUUAAUAAUGCUGUCGAAAAAUAUUCUGACCUGAUGAUUGGUGGAACAGACGCAGCCAAAGAAGGAACCUGGAUUUACCAGAACAGCCUAAAGCCUGUCAGUUAUUUCGAUUGGUCGCAACAACAACCAGAUAAUUCUCAAGGCAGGGAGCACUGUCUGGAGUUAAAAAGAAUGUACAAUUCAAGGAUGAACGAUGAACCUUGCUUUAAUUUAAAACACAACUUUGCUUGUGAAAUACCAGCUGAAUAGGUUUUAUUGAACACGUCUUACGAUGUCAAGUGUGGCACUAUAUGUAGGCCGAAGUUAGGUCUAGGUCUAGUCAUGUAAAAUAACUUUGGAAUCAACAUUCAUCUUUUAAUUAUUAUCAGCAAAUAAAGUGAUCUAACAGACAAAGUUAAUGUGAGUUAAUGUUUAUGUAUUAUUACUGAACAUAAUUUACAAUAGCAUUAGAUAACAUUUACAACAAAGUAUUUAUUUUAUAAAUAAGAAUGUGUAAACUUGCGAGAAUAUAAUAUCAAAUUUCCUGUGGGUUUAUUCUGGUUACAGAUGUAAACUGAUUGUCAAUACCAAAAAAAAAUUCAAAUAAAAAAUUUAUAAUUUAAAGAGUUUAAUUAAAAAAUAAUUAUUCUAUUAAAUAAUUCAAAUUAAAAGUUUGGUUUUAAAAUUAGAAAUAAUAUAAAAUGAUACAUUCAAAUCUGAUGCAAUAAUCCAGAGGGAACUAUAGAAGUAAAAUAUAUUUAAAACUCUAUGAUCUAAUUAAAACAGAGCACUUAUUGUCUAGUCUGACUAAUUCAAGGACAUUUCCUGGAUUCAACAAAUUUUCUAGUCUCCAAGCAGAAGGUAAGGAAUGAAUAGACUGCUUGACUAAAAGUCAGGGGAAAGGGUUUGAAACCUGCCUCAAGCCAAGUUGUGUGUGCUGACGCCUUACGGCAGCAAGUAAAUUUUCUCCCACAUAUAGCCCUAGCA